CCCUAUAAAAGCAGGAUGAGUCUGCAGCGAUCCAACACCAACAAAGAGCCACUUGGAAAAAAAUUGCGCUCAGGAGGACAGAUCCGGAGUUCGGGUUAAAAUGAGAGGACUCACGCUGACUAAUGUUUGCCACUGUGGCUUCUUCACAUAUCUCGUUUUUAUGUCUUUGAGCGCAGGAGACAGUAUCUCUCUGACUGAGAGAGGGAGUAAAGUUCCGAAAUUCAAAGUGACUCCAAAAGGCAAUCUAUGGGCAACAGGGCAUUUCAUGGGAAAGAAAAGUGUGAUGGACACCCCUUUGUUACGCUCGCCCGAGGACCAGGGUGUGAACGCGGUGGAAGUCAGCCUCCCGGCUGAGCAGACCUCGCUUUUCCAAGAGUUUCUGCGGUUGGCGUUGACGGCGCAGAUGGACACAGAAGAGAGCCGUUUGAAAGAUCAGGAAGCGGAGCUGCUGGCGAAAAUCUUACUAAACUGAUGCGGAGGUCGGAAGAGUGGCGCGCAUGGACCGAAGACCUCAAGGGAUU